AUGCAGCGUCCUUCUGACACGAUCAUCCACUUUGACGACUCGCGGCCCUCGUCCCCGACGUCCUCCUCCUCGUUCGAAAAAGUCGAAUAUCCGCCCCCUCCGCGUGGCCCGGCAGACGACUGGCGCCAGCAGCAGGCCGAGCUCCCGCUUCAUUAUAUGAACACAGAAGACACUGCCGCCCGCCGUCGCGUCACACGUGCGCCCGGCGCGCACAAUGACGACGACGGCCAGUGGCGCACUCAGGACGACGACGACAGCGGCAAGGGUCUGCACGCUAAACCCGGCGUGCACCCGCCCCGCUUCAUCGGUGGCGGCCGCGUACCCUCGCGUGGCCCGCCCCCGCCAGCGCAGAACUUGCAAGAGCUCGUCGCGCAAAACUGGGAACACAUCCCGCCGGUGAUCUACACCCUCCUCUCGUGCUGGACGCGCUUCCACAAGAUCGGCAAAGCCGACUACGUCGUCUGGGACGAGGCCCAUUUCGGCAAGUUCGGCAGCCACUACCUCAAGCGCGAAUUCUACUUCGACGUGCACCCUCCCCUCGGCAAGAUGCUCGUCGGCCUCGCUGGGCUGUUGUCAGGAUACAACGGGCACUUUGAGUUCAAGAGCGGAGAGCGGUACCCGGAGGAGGUGCCAUAUGUCGCUAUGCGAGUGCUCAUGGCCACGUUCGGCGUGUUGAUGGUCCCGCUGGCGUGGUAUACCAGCGUCGAGCUCGGCUUGAGCUGGAGAGCGUGUCAUGCUGUUGCGUUGAUGGUCCUGUUCGAUGUGGCUUGGUUGUGUAUAUCGCGCUUUAUUCUGCUCGACUCUAUGCUGCUCUUCUUCACCCUCACUACGGUCUUUGGCUUGACAAAAUUCCACAACCAACAGUAUCGACCGUUCGGCUUUGACUGGUGGUUCUGGCUUGGAUUCACUGGUUUCUCUAUCGGCUGCGUGUCAAGUGUGAAACUUGUGGGCUUGUUCGUGACGGCGUUAGUCGGCCUGUACACAAUCGAGGAUCUCUGGGAGAAGUUCGGCGACCUGCGCAUGUCCGUCCGCACACAAUUGUGGCACUGGGGGGCACGCGUCGGCUGCCUGAUCGUUCUCCCAAUCCUCGUCUACAUGGCCUCCUUCAAAGCUCACUUCAUGGUCCUCUCUCACUCCGGACCCGGCGAUGCUCAGAUGUCCUCGCUCUUCCAAGCCAACCUCAUCGGCAACGACUUCGGCAACAAUCCGCUCGAGAUCGCGUUCGGCUCGCGACUUACGAUCAAGAACAUGGGUUGGGGAGGCGGUCUUCUGCACUCGCACGUUCAAACGUACCCCGUGGGCAGUAACCAGCAGCAAGUAACGUGCUACCACUAUAAGGAUGUCAACAACGAGUGGGUCAUCACGCCGCGAUGGGACGAGGGUGAUGUGGAUCUCAACGGCCCUAUCCGAUACCUCGAGCACGGAGAUGUCAUUCGACUCGUGCACCCCGCUACCGGCCGCAACCUCCACUCGCACAAUGUUCCCGCGCCUCUGAGCAAACUCAACAACGAGGUGUCUGGUUACGGUAACGCGACGAUUGGAGACUACAACGACCUGUGGGCCGUCGAAGUCUUGGACGACAUCAAGCGCGGCGCCCACGUCCAAGGCGAACACAUCCACAGCCUCACCACGCGUCUCCGCUUCAAACACCAAGCCACCGGCUGCUACCUCAAAGCCGCAACCAAAGGCCUCCCCGAAUGGGGCUUCAAGCAGAUCGAAGUCUCCUGCGACAAGAACAACAACCCGUCCGACUCGUACUCGAUCUGGAACGUCGAGUCCCACUGGAACGACCGGCUCCCCGCCGCGAACGCCAAGCACUACCGCUCGCCGUUCCUGCGCGACUUCUGGCAUCUGAACGUCGCGAUGAUGACGAGCAACAACGCGCUCAUCCCGGACCCGGACAAGGAAGACAUUCUCGCGUCCAAGCCGACGGAUUGGCCCUUGAUGAGGGUCGGGCUGCGGAUGUGCGGGUGGGGCGAUAAUAAUACCAAGUAUUAUUUGCUUGGGACGCCGGUUAUUUGGUGGGGGAGUACGGUGGCCCUUGUGGUGGGGUUGGUGGCGUUUGUUGUGUAUUUGAUGAGGAUGCAGAGGCGGUAUGUGGAUAUGGAGCCGGCGGAGUGGGAUCAGUUUUUGUAUGCGGGCAAGAUCGCUUUCUUUGGAUGGUUCUUACACUACGCGCCGUUCAUGAUCAUGGGCCGUGUGACAUACGUCCACCAUUACCUCCCUACGCUAUACUUCGCAGUCCUCAUGGCCGGCCACCUCCUCGACCACUUCGUCUUCCGACCCAAACGCAUACGCGACCGCACGAAGAACAUCGUCUUUGGCGUCGUCACGCUGGCCAUCGUCGCGAACUUCUGGUGGUUCCGCGGUAUGGCGUGGGGUAUGGACGGUCCGAUAAGGAAUCAUUGGGGUAUGGCCUGGCGAAAGACGUGGAAUAUCUACGAAGAUAUUCAUGAUCUAUAG